AUGAUCCUUAGUGGAUCACAGCUGGUUAUUGGGAUUACAGGAAUGCACUACGUUGCUGCAACUAUUAUCUUACCAUUCGGUGUAAUACUCUACACUGUCGUCGGAGGACUGAAGGCUACAUUUCUUACUGAUUAUCUUCAUACAACUAUUGCUCUCAUUUUGAUUAUGUUUUUCACUAUAUCUGUUCUUGUAAAUGAGCACAUUGGAGGACUUUCUGGUCUAUAUGAUAAAUUGCAAGCGACUGCCCAUCUACAUCCGAUCCCAGGCAAUUAUCAGGGGUCGCUUCUCACAAUCAAGUCACCAGAUGCUGUGAUGUGGGGUUUGACUUUAAAGUUCGGUAAUUUGGCUCUAGUAGUCAUGGACACCGCUUUUUGGCAAAAAUCAUUCGCUUCCAAGCCCUCAGCGACCGUUCCCGGAUAUCUUUUGACAGCUGUUUCUAUUUUUGCAAUCCCUCUGGGCCUUGGAACAGUGGUGGGGUUAGCGGGAAGAGUCAUUGAGUCUACACCCCUCUCCCCUACCUAUCCGAAUACAUUCUCUGCCGACGCUGUCAACAGAGGAUAUGUAAUGCCAUACGUAGUGAAAGGACUUCUUGGAAAAGGAGCAACAGGUGGUAUUCUGUUGUUGCUAUUCAUGGCCCUUACUAGCACAGUUUCAUCCUCGUUGAUUGCUGUGAGUAGUAUUCUCUCAUAUGAUGGUUACCGGACCUAUAUCAAUCCCAAAGCAUCAGAUAAAACUAUGAUAAGAGUCUCUCAUCUUACUGUGGUACUCUAUGGAGCAUUCAUUGCUGGAUACACAAUAUUACUGAAUUAUGUUGGUGCCAAUAUGACUUUUUACGGCUAUCUGCAGCCUGUCGUGUCAUGCCCAGGUAUUUUCCCUUUGAUUUUUGCCAUCUUCUCUGACAGACAAUCGAAGCCAGCUGCAGUCUUGUCCCCUAUUUUGGGUCUGUUGUGCGGUGUUCUGACUUGGGUGUAUACAGCCCGAAGCAUAUACGGUGGUAUUUCUAUGGAAGACACAUCUAAUCCAGCACCAGGUUUAUAUGGCUCAAUUGUUUCCUUAUUUAGCCCAAUUUUUUUUUCAAUAAUUAUUUCUAUACUGCGGCCAUCAAAAUUCGACUGGAAUGAGUAUCUGAAGAUUAAACUUCUCGACGACGUUGAUUCUCAGACAGUAGCAAUAUCUGAUAAUACCUCGGUUGAUCAAGAGCGCAAAAAUUCUGUUCAAGAAAAUUCGAAGGAGGCCAUCUAUACAGAACACAGCUCUAUCGAUGAUGAAGAGAAGACAACUGGUAAUCGAGGAUUGAAUAAGGUUGCCAACUACUUUCGUACCAAGGACUCCGAUUAUACAAAUCUAGAAGAUAUAUACGAUCAAGAGACGAUUCGAGAAAUGCGUCGCUGGUUGAAGAUAGCUGCUGUGGCUCUAGUGGUUAUUGUUCUUGUCACAUUUGUAGCCUGGCCAAUGCCCCUAUAUCGUAAUUAUGUGUUCACAAAACCUUUUUUCAGUGGAUGGGUUACGGUUGCGAUCAUCUGGCAGUUUCAAGCCUUUUUCACCGUCGCGGUUUAUCCACUGUGGGACGGUAGGAAAUCAAUUCAACUUGCAUUAAGGGGCAUAAAGCAGCAGUUUAGAUUUAAACGAAGUCAAGAGUCACAUAGCACAGAAGAAAAUUAG